AUGGACCAGGCCAUCGACGCCCGCUUCGAGCGGGUGGAAAGGGCCCUCACGACCCUCAUCGACUCGAUCGCCAAGUACAAUCCGUCUAUGGCCAUGGCAAACGACCUCGCCGUCGCCGACCGCGAGCUCAGUAAGGGCCUAGCAGAGCUCCAGGUCCACCAGAACAACCACCUCCGCAUCCAGGCCAUGCGCGCCGAGAUCGCCGCCGCCGACGCGCGCAUCAGGGCCGCCGUGUCGGGACUCGCCUCCACCCGUCGCGACAUCACCUCCACGCCCGUGAGCUCCACCUCCUCUGCCGCCACCCAGCUACCUGGCGGCAGCGGCAGCGACGCGACCGCGGGCAACGAGGUCCAGUACCGCGAGCUGCUCAGCUACGCCCGCCGCAUCAGCAAGACCACCCUGCCCGCCUCGGGCAUCACCAACGGCGUCGACGUGGACGCGGCAAACAACACCACCACCGUGGACACGGCCCCCGCCUCGACAUCCUCCGUCACCCACACGCCCCCCACCACCGAGACAGCGGCCCAAACGCCCGUGCCCGCCGCCGCCGCCAACGGCGUCCAGACGCCCACCGCGACGACCGCCGGGCCCACCGGCCCCAGCGGCGCCACCCACCUCCAGCCGCCAGACCUGUACGCCCAGCCCUCCUCCGGGCCGCCCAGCGCCGCCCCAGCCCUGCCCGAGGGCAUGGCGGGCUACCUCAACCCCAACGCGGGCGCCCUCUUCGUCCCCUGGCCCAGCGAGACGCAGGUGCGCGUCGGCGCCCUCGCCGCGAACCAGGACCUCUCGGACCGCGGCGUCGACGCCCGCGACUACGACCCGGGCGAGGAGGCCCGCCGCCGCGAGGCCGAGCGCGCCGCCGAGGAGGAGCGCCAGGAGGCCGAGCGGCUGGCCCGCGAGGAAGAGGCCCGCCGCAUGCGCGACGAGCACGAGCGCAGGCGCAAGGCCGCCGACGAGGCCCGCGAGAGGGAGAUCGAGACCUGGAGGCGGGACAGCAUCGCCGAGGGCGCCGCGGGGGCCCCCAAGCCCCCUGCCGCCGGCGAGAAGAAGCAGUUUCAGUUCUUUGGGGAUAUGGACGACGACGACGAGGAUUAG